AUGAAGCAAGCUUUGUUCUUGGCCUCGGGCUUUGCCUGGCUGAACCUGGCAUCGGCCGCCUGCUGUCGCAGUAACAAGUGCUUGAAGGCCAUUGUCCAAAACGAGAACGGAAUCGAGGACUGCGCCGCCGUCCUUAUCGAGACUGUAUCAGUCCCAGCCAGCGUCGUGACCGAGACCGUUAUUGUGUCCGCUACCCAAUAUGCCACCGUCCUUGGCACCGUGAUUGUCACUGAGACCGAGUCAACCACCGCUGCCACCGAGACUAUCCUCUUCACCCAGAGUUCUGUCGUCACCGUUGGCACCGAGACAGUCUCCCUGGUUACAACCGAAACCACUAUUGCCAGCACCGAGACCGUCUUUGAGACCAUUACCCUCCCCCCGGCUCCGACCGAGAAGAAGAAGCGUGACAUCGAUACCUUGACCUUUGUCGAGCCCACCAGUUCGGCCUCGGUCGAGCUUGCUCCCGUUCAAUCUUCUCCCGCGCUCCCCGAGUACGCCUUGGACUGCCCGUCCUUCGACAAGUACAAGUCGGCCUGCAAAUGUGUCGGUGGUGAGGUCACGACCAUCACCGUUCCCGCCUCCGCUUCUACUGUCACUGUCGAGGAGACCACUACCAUCUUUGCCUCUGUCGCUGCCACCGUUACCACCACGGAGACUGAGUUGGUCUCAGUAACGGCCACAACCUCGGCUACCGCGACUGUUAUCGUGGAGGAUGUUGAGACCGUGACCGCCACUCAGACCGAUGUCGUCUCCCUCACUACCACUGUCAUCGCCAUCGAGACCGCGACUUUGGCUCCUGAGCCCGUGCAGCCCGUGUGCCAAAUCAACACCGACGCCUUUCGUGCAACGAGUAAGAUCAAUGGCAACGACUACUACAUAUAUGCCAACCUGCUAAACGCCCUCACCGGCGGUACCAACUGGCAAGUGGGCAGCACCAGCAACGCUGCGAGCAUCCAAAAUAGGUACAACAUAGCUAUUGAUAGCGAAGGCUAUCUGUACCUUCACGACAAUGUGCCUCCCUACUCAUAUAUAUACUACUUUUACAUCAGCACCAUCAACAAUGCGCCUAGCAACUGGCCCCAAGUCAACACCAAGGCAACUGUUGAAGCUCAGAUUAGGGCCGGUAGCCAAAUCAGCAAGAUUAAGGGAUGUGUGAACCCCGCCACCGGUGAGCUUACGCUCCAGGAUUCUGUGGGCAGAAACAACAUUCUCUGGUGCGGCGCCCAGAUGUGGCUGUCUAGAGGCCUUGGUGAGGAAAUCAACCGUGGUGUGUGCCAACAGGUGUUCCCCAAGGUCGUCGCGCCAUAUAGGGCCCCGGCCUAG